AUUCAAUUGGCUUCAGACAUCAUGAAAUUCGCCCUCCUCUCUGCGUUAGCAGCUGUUGCUGUAGCCCACAGGCCUUGGAACGCUGGCGCCGCUGGUCUCCUCCCAGAAGGCCCUGUCGAAGGCAACACCACGGAAGGGUUUGGCAAGCUCGAAUAUUUUGAUCAGCUUAUUGAUCACUCGAACCCUUCCCUCGGCACCUUUAAGCAGCGCUACUGGUGGAAUAUUGACCACUAUGGUGGUCCUAACUCGCCAAUUGUACUCGAGUCUCCAGGAGAGUCCGCCGUUGCCACUGAUGGCGACCUGUACCGCAUGACGAACCGCACUCUCCCGGGUCUUUUGGCCCAAGACAACCAAGGUGCAUACAUUCGUAUUGAGCACCGAUACUUUGGACCCAGCACACCGUUCAACGGUCUUCUCAACACCGAGACCCUGCAGCAUCUCACUCUCGACAACGCUGUGCAGGAUCUCGUCUACUUUGCCCGCAAUGUCGUCUUCCCCUUUGACAAGACCAACGGCAAGGCCACCAAGCCCGACCAGGCGCCAUGGCUCCUGUCUGGCUGCUCUUACUCUGGUGCUCUCUCCGCCUGGACACAUGCCCUGUCUCCUGGUACAUUUUGGGCCCAUGAAGCCGGCAGUGCUGUAGUCCAAGCUGUUGAACAGUUCUCAGACUUCUUCAUCCCCAUCAAAAACUUCAUGCCCAAGAACUGCACCGCCGAUGUCCAAAAGGUCAUCGCGUAUACUGAUAAGGUUCUCCUCAAGGGUUCCGAGUCUGAGAAGAAGGCUCUUAAGACCAAGUUUUCCGUCGGCAACUACACCGACUCCCACUUCUCCAAGUACAUCUCCGACUGGCUUAGCGUUGUUCAACCCCAGCAAGUGUACUAUAAGACCAAUGCUCUCCACACUGUCUGUGACUUUGUUGAGAACCAACUGCCCAAGCCUACCGUUCCCAAGCCUGGUGCUGAAGGUGUUGGUCUGGAGCUUGCUCUUGACGGUCUUGCCCGAGGCUACGAUUGGCUUUGGAACACCAACCAGUUCCCCGAGGACGACGUCACUCCCGAAGUGAACUCCUGGGAAUGGUUCCUUUGCAAUGAACCGUGAGUGGAAUAUCUCGUUCACUUCAUUCUAUUUUCGAUCGCUAACAGUUUCUCGUAGCUUUGAGUGGUGGCAGUCAUGGAGCCGGUUUGACAAGACGGGUCUUCUGUCGCGCGUGUAUACAUGGAAGGAUGAUAUCAAGCUGACCUGUGAGGACAAAUUCCCCGACAUCAACGGCUUCAAGUAUGGGCUCAAGAAUGGCCGUACCUACCACACCGUCAACAAGCACACUGGUGGAUGGCGCAAUGUGAAGACCACUCGUCUAUUAUGGAUCAAUGGCGAGUUUGAUCCCUGGAGACCUGCCACUGUUUCGUGGGAAGGGCGUCCCGGCGGUGCUCUGCAGAGCACCCCCGAGGCCCCCGUGUUUGUUAUCAAGAACGCUGGCCACUGCAAUGACUAUGUCUCUGCAAACGCACAAACCCCUGAAGGCAAGGAGGUUUUUGCUGCCACCUUGAAGCAAUUCCGCACAUGGGUAGCUGACUUUUACAAGGCUCACCCCCACGCCAACUAGAUAUUUUUAGAUUGCGUACAUAAAAAAUAAACGUGCCAUAACUUAUGAAGUGUAAUCCGUUGCCUGGUUGGUCUAGGUUGGGAGAUGCAGCGAAAAAACGUUCAUCUGGACUCUAAAUCAGUUGCUUAUAAGUUGGAGAGAAAGGGGAAGACUAUUCCGUGGGACCAUGGCAGUUCGACUGGCAGAAGGAAGCGUCUGUACGGUCAGGCAGUCAGAGAGAUUCAGGACUAUGAGCAAAGGGCAGGUAGAGCGACAACAAGGAAGGGUUUACUGAAAUUAUUACUAAAUACCCGACGCCUCUUCUCGCG